AUGAUUCCCAGCUGCUGGAAGGAAAGCUCUUUUGACCUUCAGGGAAACUCAGAUCCAGACCUGGACUUUGUAGCUAAUAGGACUUCUAAAUUCCAAGUAAAGCAAAGUAAAAAAACCCAACACUUACGAGCAUAUGACAGGAAUAAAAAGGAGCACAUCUACCUGAAUGUGAAACACGGCACUUCUUCCAAGAAACAGAUGAUGAGAAGACAAAGAACAGAGGAGGACAAGAAUAUCACGAACGAAGAUUCUCCUGCUUUAUGUACCAACUGCCGAAUUGUUGCAGUGAUUCUAGGGAUCCUCCUCUUGGCAUCGCUGGGAACAGCACUGGGUUUUAUUAUCAAGGGCUACCCGUGUCCCCGCUGCCCUGAGCAGUGGGUUGCCUACAGAGAGAGCUGCUACUCCCUCUCCACGCAGAAGAAGGACUGGCAUUCCAGCCGGCAGUCCUGCAGGGCACAGGGAGCUCAUCUCCUGGUGAUCAGCGAUGCCAGCGAAAUGGACUUCUUCCAGAUGAUGCACACCAAAUCCUACUGGAUUGGUUUGCAGAAUAGCACUGGCUAUGGCUGGGUCUGGGAAGAUGGCUCGAAACUAAAUGGCAAAAAGGUCCUGUACAACAGCCCCGUGCAGAACUGUGCUGUUCUCCUGGAUGGUGCCAUUCAUGCUUCCAGCUGUGGAAUCCUUGCCCCAUGGAUCUGCGAGAAAUCUCUUCAGUGA